AUGAACGCCUCUGGUCCAGUCACAUUUUUCAUCAUAGAAGGACUGCAGGAGAAGAAAAUGCUCAUGUUUGGUGUUUUUCUAACUAUUUAUGUUGUGGUUCUAUGUGGCAAUGGCAUGAUUAUAUAUCUGGUGAGGACAGACCCUAAGCUUCAAACUCCUAUGUAUUUCUUUCUUCAUAGCCUCUCUUUCUCGGAUAUGGUGUAUGUCACAAUAUCCAUACCCAACAUGCUAUCUGGUUUACUGAAAGAUGAACACACCAUCUCCAAAACUGGUUGCAUGUUGCAGAUGUAUUUUUUUCUCUCCAUGGGUUCCUCUUGCCGGGGCAUCUUGACAGCCAUGGCUUUUGACCGCUACAUAGCCAUCUGCAACCCCCUCCGCUACACCACCAUCAUGACCAAACGCUUGUGCAUUCUGCUGGUGUUUGCGGCAUGGUGCUUUGGCUAUCUGUUGGUCUUGCCAGCAUGUUUUCUCGCUCUCCGUCUAAACUUCUGUGGACCCAACAGGGUGAAGCACGUCCUCUGUGACCACUCCUCUGUGGUGAGGCUAGCCUGCGGCAACACCACCGUUAACAACAUCGUGUCCCUCUUCAUGGCGAUGGUCAUUCUCCUCGGAACGUUUUUUCUUAUCCUGGCCUCGUACGUCAGCAUCGGCAUAACGGUGUACCGCAUGGGGCGGGCGGAGAGGGUGAAGGCAUUCACCACCUGCGCCUCUCACCUGAUAGUGGUCUGCAUCUCGUACGUGUCGGCCACGUGCGUGUACGUCUCAUACCGAGUAGCUACGUUCUCCCCUGACGCACGUAUGAUUGUGGCGGUGGUGUAUUCUGUUCUCACACCGUCUCUCAACCCCAUCAUUUACAGCUUGAGGAACAAGGAGCUUUGGGAGGCUCUAACCAGAGCCCUUAGUAGAUGUGUUGCCUUACCGAGCUCUCACAGGAAAACAAUCCCUACUUUAUCCUGA